AUGAGAGAAAAAGCAGCAAUUAACCAAUCCUUUGAAGAAGAAGCAUGGACAGACCUCAAAGAAAAACUACCUACAGGAUGUUAUCAAAGAGAAGACUACUUUUUCCAACUACAAUUUACAGGAGCACCAACAUCAUUCGAAAUAGCAUUUAAAGCACUUGAACGAAUCUAUAGUACAUAUUACAACAGUGAUGUAGAAAAAUAUUUUCAAAGCAAAUAUGGCAAACUCAGAAAUAAAGAAGCAUUCUUUUCAGCAAAGCAAAACUUAGCAGUAAUAGACCUAGAAAAAUUACACUGCUUUAA